AUGCUGCGGCAGGCCAUGGCCAAACCCCGGAGACAAGCUUUACGGGGAGCUGGUUACCUGUCUCAAGCUCAGUCCUCCUCCUGCCUUUCCAUGACAGAGGAACUUUUCUUAGAUGCUGCAGAGUAUGGUAACAUUCCUGAAGUGAGGCGGAUGCUCGAGGAGCUGCCGGACCUCAACGUCAACUGUGUGAACUACAUGGGCCAGAAUGCAUUGCAGCUGGCAGUUGCCAAUGAGCAUUUAGAGGUGACUAAGCUCCUGCUUAGGAAGAAAGACCUCGCCAGAAUAGGAGAUGCUCUGCUGUUAGCGAUCAGUAAAGGCUACAUCCGUAUAGUGGAGGCCAUACUGAGCCACCAGGCCUUUGCAGAUGGUCAGAGGCUGAUUAACAGUCCCAGCCAGACGGAGACACAUGAUGACGACUUCUUUGCCUAUGAUGAGGAUGGCACGCGUUUCUCUCACGACAUCACUCCCAUCAUCCUGGCCUCCCAGUGCCAUGAGUAUGAAAUCGUGCACAUACUUCUUAUGAAGGGGGCCCGUAUAGAGCGGCCCCAUGAUUACUUCUGCCAGUGCUGCAUCUGCAGUGAGCAGCAGAGGCGUGACUCUUUUAGUCACUCACAAUCUCGUAUCAAUGCAUAUAAAGGUCUGGCCAGUCCAGCGUAUCUGUCCCUCUCCAAUGAAGACCCUGUGAUGGCGGCUCUGGAGCUGGGCAAUGAGCUUGCAGUUUUGGCCAACAUUGAGAAGGAGUUCAAGAAUGAUUACAAGAAACUGUCCAUGCAGUGUAAAGACUUUGUGGUGGGACUUCUGGAUUUGUGUCGAAACACAGAGGAAGUGAGGGCCAUCUUAAAUGGGGACACCGAAUCAAGUCAAAGCUCGGAAACCUUCAGCAGACAAAACCUUAUCAGGUUGAAACUUGCAAUAAAAUACGAAGUUAAAAAGUUUGUUGCACAUCCGAACUGCCAACAGCAACUCCUCUCCAUCUGGUACGAGAACUUGUCUGGACUACGUCAGCAAACAACAGCAGUUAAAAUCCUUCUUGUCCUUGGUGUAGCUGUUGGGUUGCCUGUCCUGGCCUUUAUAUACUGGAUAGCACCAUCAAGUAAGUUAGGGAAACUCAUGUGUGGACCUUUCCUGAAGUUUGUGGCCCACGCAGCUUCCUUUAUGAUAUUUCUUUGCCUGCUGGUCCUGAACGCGGCAGACCGGUUUGGAGGAACGUUGCUGCUGCCUAACAUGACCACCCACGAUCACCCGUCACAGCUAUUCCGUAUGAAGACCACCCCCUUCACCUGGAUGGAAAUUCUCAUCAUAUCCUGGGUCAUAGGGAAGAUCUGGAAAGAAUGCAAAGAUAUUUGGUCACAGGACAUCCGGGAAUACAUCUCAGAACCCUGGAACCUUCUUGACUUCAGCAUUUUGACCAUUUUUAUGACCUCGUUCAUUGCCAGAUUAAUGGCUUUCUGGCAUGCAUAUUCUGCCCAGUGCUUUGUUGACAAGCACUACAGUGACCUGCCCAACGUGACCUUGCCCUUUGAGAUACAAUAUUUCCAGCUGGCUCGGAUCAACUGGAUGCCCUCAGACCCACAGCUUAUAUCUGAAGGCCUCUAUGCAAUUGCGGUUGUGCUGAGUUUCUCUCGCAUUGCAUACAUUCUGCCCGCAAAUGAGAGCUUCGGGCCUUUGCAGAUCUCUCUGGGAAGAACAGUAAAAGACAUCUUUAAAUUCAUGGUGAUUUUCAUAACGGUUUUUGUGGCUUUCAUGGUGGGAAUGUUCAAUCUGUAUUCGUACUACCUCGGAGCCAAGCACAACGAUGCCUUCACAACGCUUGAAGAGAGUUUUAAAACCUUAUUUUGGGCCAUCUUCGGCUUAUCAGAAGUGAAAUCGGUGGUCAUUAACAUCGACCAUAAAUUCAUUGAAAAUAUUGGCUACGUUCUAUAUGGGGUGUACAACAUCAUCAUGGUGAUUGUCUUGCUGAAUAUGCUCAUUGCCAUGUUCAACAGCUCCUUCCAAGAAAUUGAGGAUGACGCUGAUGUCGAGUGGAAGUUUGCGAGAGCUAAGCUCUGGCUCUCGUACUUUGAGCAAGGCGGCACGCUGCCUGUGCCGUUCAACCUCAUACCCAGCCCCACGUCUGUCGUUUCCCUCUUGCUGGGGAUAAGAGAAUUUCUCUGGGAUGUACCUCAAGGCAAAGAAAAUUCAAAUGAUGAGAUGGAGCUUAACAAGGUGAGGCAUAAGAUGCUGACAUACAUGAUUUUUCAGGCAGGGAUGAGACGACAGGAAGAUCUGAGCGUGGAAGCAUCGCUGUGUCCAACCCGUCACCAAAAGAUAAUGAAUUGUCUCAUCAAAAGAUACAUCCUAAAGGCACAGAGUGAUAAAGACAACGAUGAAGUGAAUGAAGGUGAACUGAAAGAUAUCAAACAGGACAUCUCCAGUCUCCGCUAUGAGCUGCUGGAAAGGGGAAACCACGACAAGGAGACACUGGAAAAGCUCAUCAAACAACUGGGAGAGGUCAUGCAUGUUCAGCAGAAAGAAGAGCAGAAGAAUUAGCUGCCUUUCUGAAAGACUGUAGAGAUCAGAGGUUUAUUUACUGGACACACUGCACUCGCCUCACUAAUGAGGCAUUCACAUUAUGCACAGAUGUAACACACAUAUUCAACAAAAUACUGAACUUCUAAAAAUGGA